AUGACGGACUCGCCGGCCACGGGCACCACGUCAACGCAAAGCAUGUAUGACCCGCUGAGAGAGUCGCGACAAGUACCCAAAGCCUCGCCGACGUCAAACCCUGUCCUCAGAACACCAGCUUCGUCGAGCGAGAUGGACAAACCCGACCCAGUCCAUGAGUCGGAGGAAACAACACUUUAUGCUCAGGUCCUCGACAAGGCCACCAACGUGGCGACUAGUCAAGAUGGCAAGGAAGGCGUCGUCCAUGUCAUGUACAUGGGCGAGACAUUCAAUCUCACCCAUCUUCUGAGACAGGUUCAUGCUCAAUCAGACUCGACCAAUCACCUCAGAAAACGCCACUACGUGGUCAACGUAGUGCCCAAGCCACGGUCUUCUAAUCCGUCGGUGGACGAUGAGAGCACAUUGACAAGAUUUCUGCGACAGCAGGGUGCAUUCACAGUCCCGCCUGUCCAGAUCUGCCACGAGCUCUUCCGGGCUUAUUUCGACUUUGUCCAUCCCCAUUAUCCUAUUCUGGACCGGUCAGAUUUCGCGGCGCAUUAUGUCGAACCUUCACAUGCUCCAUCCUACUUGUUGCUACAGUCAGUCUUGUUCAUGGCAUCAGGCCAUUGCGAGCUUCCCCUACUGAAGGAAGCAGGCUUUGCUUCCCGAUACGAAGCUCGCAAGGUUUUGUUCCAACGAGCCAAGGUUCUAUAUGACAACGACCACGAGCAGAACAAGGUGACGGUAGUUCAAUCGGUGUUUCUCAUGAGUUUCUGGUGGAAUGGCCUCGAGGACCACAAGGACACCUGGCAUUGGUUGGGCAUCUCCAUCAGUUUGGCAUUGACUUUGGGAAUGCAUCGAUCGACUCACCAUUCCGACCUGAAACCUAAGCAUCGUGUCUUGUGGAAAAGAAUCUGGUGGUCGCUCUUUGUCGAAGACAAACAUGCCGCUGUAGCUCUAGGUCGCCCCGUUCACAUUCGUCGGCGCGACUGCGACAUCGAAUUGCUCACCAAGGCCGAUUUCGAAGAGGAACCGGCCAGUCGACCUGAUGUGUUUGGGAGACCGGCAGCAGUCGACGCUCUCUAUGUCAUGGCAUUGGCCGACCUGUCAAUGAUUGCGGAAACUAUUGCGGAACAAUCAUUCACGGCGUUUGACGCCGCCACGGCUGGAUCGGCUGACAUGUUCCAUUCAUGCUCGGAGGCCUUGGAUCAGUGGAAAGCACGCCUGCCGCGGGAACUACAUCAUGAAAAUACAGGGAGUUGUUUGUGGACGAGCAUGCUCCACGUUGCACACAGUUGGUUCGAGAUAGUGACUCAUCGAUCUAUCACUCCGCAAGAUUGGUCGCCGCCAUCACUGAAAGAUGCACACAAAUUGGGCAUGAGAGCGGCCAACCGCAUGAUUCGAAUUGUCGAAGACCUACUCAGUCCGUCUCGUAUCUCGCAGUGUCCGAUUCACAUUGUGCCGGCUUUAUUCGCCGCCAUGGGCAUGCAAGCAGUCGACAUUUGCUCAGGAGAUCACUUGCUGGGACAGCUGGGCGGUUCACGAACUCGAUCAGCGAUGCUGGCGUUGCAGCAGCUUCAAGGCACGUGGCCCGUCAGUGGAUGGAUCUUCCACUUAUUCAAAAAGAUUGUUCGGAGAAUACAGAAUCAAAGCGAGUUCUCGCCCAGCGAGCCGGUCAACCCAUCACACGAGCAGAUCAAAAGCGCAUGUUCUCCCAGCCAAGGACGUAUCACUGGCGUGAAGACGGAGCAGCAAGCAGACUCAAACGGUUCAACGCCGUAUAUGGAUGCUAAUCUCUCACACUUGUACGCGAUGUCAGGAUUCCAGUCCGGUCGAUAUUUAUUUCAGAACAUGCCGAAUGUAGCUAACCCCAUGGUUUCCAACAAUCUUGCGGAUUGGCCGAAUAUCUACGAUGAUGGCGGCACAUGGGGAGAAUUUGAGUAUGAAGUCCGCUGGGGGGACCAUGAGUAGCUCUGACCAAGCGGUUGACUGCGCCUACAGAAUACAGAGGGCGUUUGGAGGACUGGCUAUUCCACCAGGGAAAUUCAACGGUGCGCUCGUGAAGAAAAAGGACCAUUUGUUCAGACGUUUGCACACGUCGGCGAGCUCGUCCAAGUCGAACAUUUCGCCGACGG